AUUAAUUUUCUUUUAUGAAUAUUUUAUACAGUAUAUUUAGUUCAAUAAUGGGGCUUUAGUAAACAGUGGAGCACACAGAACAAGGCCAACAGGAGAGAGCCAGCUCAAAGCAGAGGUGAAGAGGAGUUGGUUGGGUUGUCUCUCAAUGGCUUCUUUGGUUUUUGGGGAAGUGAAGCUCUCUCUCUUUCUUACUAUAUUUCUUUGCCUCCAUGCACUCACAUUCUGUCAAGGUAAGAAAAACUGGGAAAAGAAAUAUCCAUUCAUAAAGAAAGCAAGCACAUUCUCCCCCUCACCACCAGCAUCAUCUUCAUCCUCAUCAAAAUCAAGCGGCAGAGAUAAGGCGUAUGAUUACAUUAUAGUGGGGGGCGGCACGGCGGGUUGCCCCCUUGCGACCACGUUGUCGCAGAAUUUCAGCGUGUUAUUGCUUGAAAGAGGAGGUGUCCCUUUUGGCAACAUAAACACAUCCUACUUGCAGAAUUUUCACAUCUCUUUGGCUGAUACUUCACCCAAAUCUGCUUCCCAGUUCUUCAUUUCCACCGAUGGGGUUAUUAAUUCUAGGGCUAGGGUUUUGGGUGGUGCUACUAGCAUCAAUGCUGGCUUCUACACUAGAGCUAGCUCAAGGGAUGUUAGAAAAGCAGGAUGGGAUCCUAAACUGGUGAACGAGUCAUUCCCAUGGAUUGAGAACCAAAUUGUUCAUCCCCCCAACAUGGCUCCAUGGCAAAAGGCUGUUAGAGACAGUCUUCUGGAUAUUGGGGUCUCCCCUUAUAACGGCUUCACUUAUGAUCACAAGUACGGUACCAAGGUUGGUGGAACCAUUUUCGAUCAGUCUGGCCGCCGGCACACCGCCGCAGAGUUGCUCGCCUCCGCCAACCCUGAUAAACUCGAGGUUUUGAUCCGGGCCACAGUUCAAAAGAUUGUCUUUGACACAACAGGGAAGAAACCAAGGGCCGUAGGAGCGAUCUUCAAAGACGAAAACGGGAACCAACACGAAGCACAUAUCGCCAGACGGCGGGGGAGUGAAAUAAUCGUCUCAAGCGGGGCGAUCGGAAGCCCACAGCUGCUGCUAUUGAGCGGCAUUGGACCCAAAUCUGAUCUUAAAAAGCUGAACAUAUCGGUAGUGCUAGACAAUGAGUUUGUCGGGAAAGGCAUGGCGGACAACCCCCUCAACUGCGUUUUCAUCCCCACGAAUACGCCGGUGGUGCAGUCGUUGAUUCAGACUGUGGGGAUUACCAAGAUGGGUGUGUACAUUGAGGCUAGCAGUGGGUUUGGGCAGUCUCAGGAUAGCAUUCAUUGUAACCAUGGAAUCGUAUCGGCAGAGAUUGGGCAGCUCUCCACCAUACCCCCAAAGCAAAGAACACAAGAAGCAAUACAAGCCUACACCAAAAGCAAGAAAGAUCUACCCCAUGAAGCAUUCAAGGGAGGUUUCAUUCUAGAAAAAGUUGCCAGCCCCAUUUCAAGAGGCCAACUCAACUUAAUCAACACCGACGUCGACAACAACCCGGCGGUCACCUUCAACUACUUUGCCCACCCGUACGACCUCAGCCGGUGCGUGGACGGGAUUCGGAUGGUGGAGAAGCUAGUGACUGCCAAACACUUCACGAACUUCACAGGCCGUAGUGACAAACAAACCGUGGAGAAGCUGCUCAAUAUGAGUGUCACGGCUAAUGUCAACUUCAUACCUAAACACACAAAUGAUACAGAGUCAGUUGAGCAGUUCUGCAAAGACACUGUGGUUACUAUUUGGCAUUACCAUGGGGGGUGCAAUGUGGGGAAAGUUGUGAGCCCUGAGUACAAGGUUCUAGGUGUCCACCGGCUCCGAGUCAUCGAUGGAUCGACGUUUAGCGAAUCGCCCGGGACUAAUCCUCAAGCCACUGUGAUGAUGCUGGGCAGGUACAUGGGGGUGAAGAUUUUGAGAGACAGAUUAGGAAGAUCUGCUGGUAUAUAAAGGCAAGGGCAACCGUAGGAGCACAAGAAAAGCAGGGGGCUCGGUUUUGUAAUGGUGGCAAUGGAUUCAUUUCAUUUGUCUGAAAUUCUUAGUCCAGGAGUUCCUUUAUUGCACCCAACUCGGAAUGCUCAUUAGUCAUUACUGGUAUGCUAUUAUGCAAUAAUCACUAACGAUAUAGUGAUGGGAAAUACUACAUUUUUCAUGUAUGCAAACCGGUUUUAAUAAAUCGGAAAAAAAAAAAAAUGUGAUCGAUAACAGAGCAUUGCUGUUUACCUCUGUUUGAUUUGAAAACACGAAGUUCACGAUUGGUGUC